AAUAUUUUUGUGAAACUUUAUCAAUUGUGAAGAACAAAGAGUUAACUUGAAUUGGAUUAAGGGGAAAAUGUCUUCUUCUUCUUUAUUAGCUUUGGUGCUUUUAUUUUUCUGCAUCAAUUUUUGUGCAAGUGAAAUUGGAACAAAUCAACCAUCAUAUUCUCUGAGAUUUUUUAGUAAAAUCACUCAAGACUCUUCUGAGAUCGGUCCUAAUGAUGCAGUGAUAAUUGUGGAUCAUGGAUCAAGUUUCAAUGGAUCCAAUAUCAGUCUAAUUAAAUUUGUGGACAUGUUUAGAAACAAAACUGGAUACAAGAUUGUUGAGCCUGCUCACAUGGAAAUGGCAAAACCAACCAUUGGAGAUGCUUUUCAAUCAUGUGUUCAACAAGGUGCACGCCGCGUUAUUAUCGCUCCUUUUUUUCUAGCUACUGGAAAACAUAUUAACAAGGAUAUUCCUUCUUUGAGUGCGGAGGCUGCUAAGAAACACCCUGGUGUGUCUUAUAUUAUUACUCCACCUCUUGGACUUCAUGUUUUACUUGUGGAUAUUGUGAAUGAGAGGAUAAAUUCUUGUUUGAAGCCUAUAGCACAAGAUGCACCUGAUUGUUCAGUUUGUGAUGGGACUGGAAAAUGUCAAAAGAAUGUUUAAUUUGAAAUGCAAUUGUUUUGAAGUGAAAACAAAGUUUGUGGUUUGCUCAUUUUUCUUGUUUUGGGGAUCAAUGCAAGAAGGAAUAAUAUAGUGCAUUCAAUUUUGGCUAAGAUUUAAGAUGGAAUACAGAAUCUGAAUUCAUGAAAUUGAUAAUUGCUAAAAUACAAGACAUUAUACUAAAAAUAUGAUAAAAGUAAGAUUAAAA